AUGUGGUUGGCUGAAAAAUAGGAAGUCUGAUGUGAGAACUGUGAUGAUGACAGCAUUUGAGCUUCAUUCCCAGAGGCACUUCUGUAAUCGAACGAGUCCAAUUUACAGACUACUACACGGCUAACUAACACAACUUGUUAACCAGCGGAUGGUGUCUUCUGGUCAAAUGCGGUACACCUUCAAGCCGGAUGACUGUAUGGUCAUCACCAUUCCUCUGGCCAGCAUCAGGAAUGUGAGAGACGGGCAGCUGAUGCCCGACAAAUUCUCCUGCAUCUUCAAAGAUGCAUACAAGGUGUUUCUCAAAGGACGACCGAAGGAACUCGGGACAGCACAACUCAGCAUUGGAAUAUUUAUUAUUUGUGUCGGUGCUCUUAUGGUUCAAGAAUAUGGUUUAUCUCAUUUAAUGUACAUCUUACCCAGCGCCCUGUUUAUUGCAAGCGGCAUUCUGACAUUUGCAGCUGGAAGUUCUCCGCUCAUGCCCGUGGUAAAGCUGUCCUUCAUAUUCAACAUCAUCAGCCUUUUCUGGUCCAUUGCUGCUCAAGUUAUCUGCCAUUUAAUAGAUAGUGAUACAUCACAUGAGAAGCAAAACUCAUCAGGCAGUAUGGAGCGCAUGUUUGUUGGACUGAAGGUGAUGGUCGGUAUAUUGUGUGGUUUUGAGUUGAUUCUCGCUCUUAUCCUGAUCUACUGGGAAAGUAAAGCCGUGUGCAGACCUCACUUCAAUACUCUGCCCUUGAUCACAAUAAAGCAAGACGUUUGAUGGGACAGAUUGGUUGCCGAGAUUGCUACACCUUCAGAAGAUACAAUAAAUGACCAAUCACUGUUAAAUUCUCUGAAGGACAUAAAGAAUUCAUAAAGAAAUAUGACUUUCUAUUCAUGUUUAAAUUAUUGCUUGUUUUAUUCUACUGUAGCCCAACUGGUAGAGCGUUGCGCUAGCAAUGCCGAAGUCAUGGGUUCGAUUUCUAGGAAUGCAUGUAUUAUAAAAUGUAUAACUUUAUAAGUGUCUGCUAAAUGCAUACUGUACAUGUAAAUGAAAUCCAUAAUAAGCUUGAUUCGUUCUGUAUGUGCUCACAUUAAAUACUGCAUUGGUCUCUCUUA